GCUAAGUCAAAGAGUAUUAAUAUUAAAAAUAAAACUAGUGUCUUCUCAGUGUUUGUUUUUUCAAAUUGCAUCAGACAUUCAAAAGUCCUUAAUCUUUAUCUAAAAUGAGUUAUCCACCUCACGGACCCCCUUCCUACGGUCCACCAGGUUGGGGACCUCCACCCCCUGGAGCUCCAUGGCCAUAUCCACCUCCAGACCAUGGCCACCAACCUCCACCAUACCAAGGCCAUCAACCACCAGGCUACCCAUACUAUGUGCCAGGAACAGUAAUGGUCCCAGUACCAAUGAUGCCUGGACCACCUCCUACAGAAUCCGGCCAACCUACAUACAUUACCAACUAUAUUUACCACGGAGAAAGUUCCAACCAAUCAGCCAAUCAAACUGACAAAGUGCAGGUAGCAGAAUUAAGUGGAGAUUUCAAUUGGAUACCUACAACUGCUACUACAGCCGGCCAUUUAUCAGGAAAAGCGGUGUUAGGAGGCCAUGAAGGUUGGGACGGAAGCGCUCUAUGGGUGAUUAGAGCUUGGCAUAACGGGGAUUUGUUGCCAGGAAAACUUUCUGUCCGACACCAGGCAGCGUCUGUUAUGUAUAAUGGGAAAGAAGUACCAGUGCAGAAUAUUGAAGUUUUGUGUGCUAAGCCUGAUAGUUUAAGAUGGGUCCCAGCGUCUAAUGGUAGUGUUCCACCAGGAGCGAUUCCUGGAGGCAAAACAAACACUGGAGAAGUGCUUUAUGUUGGAAGAGCAAGACAUCAACUAUCAGUUACUCCUGGCAAAGUACAUCCAAGUCACAAUUGCUGUUAUAUUGGAUUUGCUGGCGCCGAAGUGUCGCAUAAAAUGUACGACGUAUUGUGCCGAAUAAGCUGAAAUUGUGAUAUUUAGAUCUAUUUGUUCUAGAAAAUAUUGAGAAAUAUUUUUAUUAUCUUGUUUUGAUAACGAUAAGCGAACAAUGUUAAACUGAUAAGCUCAAAUAUACUCAAAAAUAUAAACAGUU